AUGGUUCACUCCUACAACAUUGACCUAGAACAUGCUGUUGUGUUCCGUGGACCUGACUCGAGUUUCUUUGGAUACUCUGUUCUGGAGCACUAUCAUGACAAUACGCGCUGGGUGAUAGUAGGGCCCAUUGUCUCUGUCUACAGGGUGAUAGUAGGGCCCAUUGUCUCUGUCUACGGGGUGAUAGUAGGUCCCAUUGUCUCUGUCUACCUGGUGCUGGGUUCUGGUAGGGCCCCCAAGGCCAACUCUUCCUACAGCAGCUCACUUCACACCCCGGGAGCCGUGUUCAAGUGCCGUGUUCACAGCAACCCAGAGAGACGCUGCACGGAGAUGAACCUGGGCCGAGGGAAUAAGCCCCGGGAGUCUUGUGGGAAGACGUGCCAGGGAGACAGGGAUGAUGAGUGGAUGGGGGUCAGCCUCGCCCGGCAGGACAAACCCAAUGGCAAAAUACUGGCCUGUGCCCACCGUUGGAAGAACGUCUACUAUGACUCUGAGCUCAUCCUUCCCCAUGGUUACUGUUCCAUCAUCCCUCCUACGCUACAGGGCCGGACCCAAGCCCUCAUCCCCUGCUACGAAGAUUCCUACCGCAAGCUCUGA